CACGAUGAUGAUAAAUAAGCAAUAAAUAUCCGUCAUUUCAUUCGCCAUACGCAGCAAAGGAACCAAAAAUGCUUCUCCACAGGCCUCUAGUGAUGCCUGGGGUUUUGUAUUCAAGAAAUAGCAACGGCUACAGAGCAUCGCUAUCCUCAUCUCCACAGAGAAGAGCCAUGUCCGGCUUCGAAGCUCGAGUCUCUCUCGUGCUGGCUCUAGUCUCCCAAGCCUCUUCUGUCUCCCAGCGACUUUUGAUGGAUUUGGCUUCCGAGACCGCAAAAUAUGCUUUCCCUCGGCGGUUCGAGAGUUCCAACCUGGAGGAAGCCUUGAUGUCUGUUCCGGAUCUUGAGACCGUGAAAUUCAAGGUUUUGAGCCGGAAAGAUCAGUACGAGAUCAGAGAAGUUGAGCCUUAUUUUAUAGCUGAGACAACCAUGCCUGGGAAGAAUGGGUUUGACUUCAAUGGUUCAUCUCAAUCCUUUAAUGUUUUAGCUGAGUACCUGUUUGGUAAGAAUACAACAAAGGAGAGGAUGGAGAUGACUACGCCUGUUUUUACUCGUAGGGACCAAUCUGAUGGGGAGAAAAUGGAAAUGACAACACCUGUGAUAACAAAGAAGCUGCAAGACCAGGAUAAAUGGCAGAUGUCUUUUGUCAUGCCUGCAAAAUAUGGUGCUGAUUUGCCGUUGCCUAAAGAUCAAUCAGUAAGAAUCAGAGAAGUGCCAAGGAAAAUUGUUGCUGUUGUCGCCUUUUCAGGUUUUGUUACUGAUGAAGAAGUUAAACUUCGGGAAUCAAAACUAAGAAGCGCUCUAAGAAAUGACAAACAGUUUCAAGUAAAAGAGGGAGCUCCAGUGGAAGUUGCACAGUACAAUCCACCAUUUACGCUUCCAUUUGCACGCCGUAAUGAGGUUGCAUUGGAAGUUGAAAGGAAGCAAGUUUAACUCGUCAGUAUAAAACAUAUAGCAAGUUACACCCUUUCCCCUGAAUAUUUAACAUUGAGAUAUGCUGAGUAUACGACCGCUCCAAUGUAAAAUCAGUAAAAACUGCUUAUCAGAUAUCAGCCUGAGGAGGCACACAUGUAAUAUAUUAUGUAAAUACCCUGAGAUUAAUGAUACUGAUUGUAUAAAUUUAAAGAAAUACCCGUUUUGCAUUUUGAA